AGAGAGAGAGAGAUAGAGAGAGAGAGCACGAGCUUCCGCCUUUACACUCGCAGACACAAAAAGCUUUACUACACUCAGAGAGGAGUCGAGCAACGGAGGAUAACAGACAUCAAUCCCCCCCCCAAAAAACCGCUGUCCUUCCACAGGACCGGGCAGGACGGGGCUGCAGCGGUCCGGACGGCUUUCGUGGUUCAGGCUGCUGGAGAAACAAGCGGAUGCUCUUCGUCGCGAAAGGCUAAUUUUCCUCUUUUUUUAAAUAGAAAAAAAAAAGUGGAGGUGGGUCUUUUUUUAUGUGAGUGAAGAGGUGGAGGAGCAAAAGCAGAAAACCGGCGAGUGCGUCUAACAAAGUUGCUUCGUGACAAGUAAAAACAAAGACGGUGCACGACGGCUGGUUUCUUUGUAUGUUUCACACAUAGAGAUAUUGCAUCUGCUCGGUUUAAUACAAAAAAAAAAGUGUCCCGGAGAAGACCCGGAGGAGACGGGACGGGGUGGAGCGGCAGGGACCUAUUUUCUUGCUGCCAAUCUUCUGUUGCUGCUUCUUUGUGGAUGCAGACAAAACCCUGAGAGCUGUUUGGCGCGGCAGGCAUCCCUGCAGCUUCAGGGGACUUUGUCAGAUGUGUACCCAGCACACAAAGCCCCUGGCCUGGCCGUGGGGAUGGCAGCCUCUGCCUUGAACCUGAACGGCCUUGGAGUCAUGAACAGCAGCAAUCAGUUUCACUCCCAGCCAGGGUCCUCCAACGCUACAUCUAGAACAAACACCAGCCCAGUCGGCCGACCUGUGCUGCCGGUUCCGGAUCGGAGCACCUACUGUCCGUUACUGGGAGGAAGCCUCUACAGCCCAACGAGUCCUAAGACGAGCCCCCGAUCUCUUAGCCAAGCCUUUGUCUUUCCCCCUCCUCCAAAUUUGCUCUCCCCCUGCGACACAACUCGCCCUCGCUCCCCCUCGCCGCGAAGCCCGGAGCGCCUGGGCGUCAAUGUGGGCCAACGCAUCCGACGCCUGAGCGGUGAAGACAGAGGGGAGGGAGACGGGCUAGAGGAGACGGGAGGAGGGACGAGAGGGAGCGAGGCGCGAGAGGAGAGGAAACGUCAGGAACAUCUGCUCCGGAUCCACAGAGAGCUGCAAAACGUUGAGGUCAGGGGAAAAGUGGGCAUCUUUGAGGCCCACAUUUCCGGGAUCCGCACCCAGGCCCUGAAUAGUGAACUCCAGCGCAGUCCUCGGACGACAAGACGAGCGACUAGCCAGUCCUCUUUGUCUCCCAGCCAAGGAAACACACUUCUCGAAAAUCCAAUGACCCACCCACAAGUGACUAAAGUACCUUCUGUUGCCCAAAAUGGCAGAGAGGUGGAGGAAGGGAUGACGGAAAGACUAAAGAAGGAAAGUGGAAUGGAUGAGCGCGAGAAGAACAGCAAUACUAUGAAGUCAAACACAGAGAACAAGACACUGAUUGAUCAAAAUGACUGCCAUUCACAACCAACGUUACAAACUCCUUAUGGGGAUAAACGGAUUAUUCGUUGUUUGCCUGAGACGUCAGUAAAACAUUCAGCUACAGAUGAGGAGAAUAAGGAAAAACUGAGAGAAAGGGAGGAGGAAAAAGUUAGAAAGGAGGUAGAAAACAGAGAAAUGGAGCGAGAUGAGCGAGAACGGACAAACAGAGAAAAUAAAGAUGAGCAGGAGGAUCAGUGGGAAUCAAAAGUGCUGAUUCAGACCGAAGGAAAAACGUUUAUCAAUAUCUCUGAAACCCCUGCGUUACCUCAAGGACAUAACAGUAAUAACGUGAAGCUGAGUUCGCUGAACGCACCUGAUCAAACAUCCGACCAUUUAUCCUCCCUGCUUCCCUCCAUCCCUGCAGUCAUAAUCACCGACCACGGUUUGGAGAGCAGGUCUCAAACUACCGACGGCUCUGGCUCGGAGCGGGGACUGUCACGGUCCCCCAGCCCCAGCUCCAGUCCUGUUCCAUACUCCUCGUCUCGCCCUCUCAGGAAGCUGUCCUCCUCCUCCGCCUCCUCAGCUGGAUUCUCCUCGUCUUGGGAAGAGUCGGAGGAUGAUGUUUCCAGUGACACGGAGAAGGGAGACAAUCUCCUGAAUCCUGCACAUCUCAGUUCUAAGCAGAAAGCGCACAAGUCAUGGAAGAAGAUAAAGAACAUGGUCCACUGGUCUCCAUUUGUUAUGUCCUUCAAGAAGAAGUAUCCCUGGAUUCAACUGGCUGGACAUGCAGGGAGUUUUAAAGCGGGUGCAAAUGGACGCAUAUUAAAAAAACACUGUGAAUGUGAGCAGCGCUGCUUGUCCCGGCUGAUGGAGGAUGUGCUGAAGCCCUAUGUUCCUGGUUAUCAUGGAGACGUGGAGAAGGAUGGCCAGAAAUACAACCAGAUGGAGGAUCUGCUGGCAGAGUUCGACUACCCAUGUGUAAUGGACUGUAAGAUGGGAGUGAGGACCUACCUUGAAGAAGAACUAACCAAGGCUCGGAGAAAGCCUGCGCCGAGGCCCGACAUGUAUCAGAAAAUGAUCGAGGUCGACCCUGAGGCGCCCACACUGGAGGAAAAUGACAAGAAGGCAGUGACCAAGCCAAGAUACAUGCAGUGGAGAGAGACAAUAAGCUCAACGGCCACCCUGGGGUUCAGGAUAGAGGGAGUCAAGAAAGAAGAUGGAACUGUGAACAGAGAUUUUAAGAAAACAAGGACAAGGGAACAAGUGGUGUCAGCCUUCCAUGACUUUGUAAGAGGAGAUUCGGAGAUAUUGAACAAAUAUCUAACGAGGUUAAAGGAAAUCCGAGCCACUUUGGAAAUCUCUCCAUUCUUCAGAAGUCAUGAGGUAAUUGGCAGCUCCCUCUUAUUUGUUCAUGACAGCAGGAAGCAAGCCAAAGUGUGGAUGAUCGACUUUGGAAAGACCACGCCCCUCCCUGACGGGGAGGAACUAACCCACCGAGCUUUAUGGGUAGAAGGCAACAGAGAGGACGGCUACCUUUAUGGACUCGACAGCUUGGUGGACAUCUUUUCCUCCAUGGUGGACUCUGAGACUUGAAGUGUGCAGGUUUUGUUUUUGAACCAAGUAAACUUUUGGACACACCACCAUUAAAGCUUCCAUUCACGCUUCAUUCUACUGGAGAAACCUUUGAAACACUGACACUUUAGCUCACGACGCAAACCAUAUGGUCCAGCUCCUCUUAGUUCCUCACAAGUGGAACUACUAACAGCAGCAGCGCCUCAGUUCCUCAUAAUUGAGUUAUUUUGUGCUGUGGUUUAAACAUGGGAAAAGGGUCAAUCUUAUAUAACCUCAUUUUGACAGCAUAACCUUUUACUUAAGAAAUUCCCAUUGAAAAGCAAACGAUAUGAAUCUUGUUGCCUAAUACAAAGUGAGACCUGUCGACGUACUUUAAUAUUAUAAAUAAAUCCUCUGCAAAGGCCUAAACCAGCAAGAGGUUACCUAAUAUUUGAUUGUUAAUGAGAGCCUCGGCAUUCUAUUAUAUUAUGUGCUUUAUGAAAGUAUUCACACCCCUUGAACUUUUUAACAUUUUGUCACGUUACACCCACAAACUUCAGUGUGUUUUUAUCUGAAUAUCUAAUAGACCGAUAUGAAGUAACGUAAUCCUAAAGUGUAAGAAAAAGAAAUAUUUUUUUAUAUUUUGUGCGAAUGAAAAUAUGAAAUAACGUCCAUCUGUACGUAUUCAGUUUUGAUCAUUCAAAGCUUUGUAGAACCACUUCUUAACACAUCUUUACUCAACUACUUAAUGUUUUGCCCAUUCUGUGAAAAAUAGCUUAAGCUCAGUCUGACCGGAUGGAGGCAUCAGUAAAUGUCAAUUUCUAAGACUAGCGACAGAUUCUGAAUUUGUUUUAGGUUAGGACUUUGACUGGGCCGUUCGAACACAUGUAUUUGCUUUGAUCCUAUUUCAGUUCUGACUGCAUUUUUAAAGUUUCUGCAGGAAGAUUAUACUCAGCCUUUCUUUCAACAAUAUCUUUCUUUGUUUAAAAGGAGACUGAAUCCAAACAUAUGCUCGUCUUCUUAGGGUGUUUUUGUAAAAAUGUUUUUAAAAACAUGCGUUCUUCCAAUUCAUAAUUAGCAACUACUUUGUUUUGGUCUUUCACAUAAACUCUAAAUAAAAUACAUAAAGUUUUGCGGCUGUAAUGUGACACAAAGUGAAACAGCUCAGGACGUAUACUUCUGCAAGGCACUAUUAGAGUAGUAGUUUGGUACAGCUUGUUGCUUUGGGCUUCCUUUAAUGUUUUUUUUUUUAGAAAAUCCCAAGAAAUGUAAUUUUUAAGAAUGUAUUUUAUAUAAAUUUGCUGAUUCUGCUCCUCUGGCAAAAUUUUGACUAGAUUUCUAACACACCUCCACUUGUGCUGCCCUGCUGUAUUUUGAUGGUGUCGAAUCAGAAAAAUAAUACCAGGGCUAAAAAAAUGAUCUGGUCCAUAUUGGAGCUUAAAAUGGCAAUCUUUAACAUUUCAACCAUGCUUUAUUGUCAAACCUCUAAAUUUCACAUUCAUUUGCACUCAAAACAUAGUCUCUUCCCUAAUUGUAUUGUGAUUGUGAGUUACAAUACUAACUUACAACUACAAAGUGUUUCACUUUCUAGAGUUCUUCCAAUAAUAAUGGUUGAUUCUUCUCACUCACACACACAUUGCGUUUAAGGUGUCUGCCUUAUCUGAUCUCAGCACCUGUUUAACAGGUUAAAUAUUUGUGCUGUGAAACUGCAGCAGCAUGGUAUGUUUACUUUUCAUUAGGAUUAACUAGAACUGGCAGGUUGUCAGGGAAUGUUGUUCCAAUUUGAUGCACUGGCUAUUGGUGUGUUUGGGAUUUCUGAAAAUGCAAUGUAGUAUGUAGAUAAUGGAAUAUACACUUUGGACCAGGAUAAACCGUUCCAGUGAAUAGUAAUAAUAGUAUAAUAGAAAAGAAACAGUUUUUGAAUAAGUACCAAUGAUUUGAGGGAGAAAAAGUUUAGCUGUUGUUGCACUGCUAAAAAAUGCUCAGAUAAUCAAAUUGUGUUUCUUGUUUGCAGAUCCUUUAUAUUCAAAUAAAAAGAGCUAUUUUUAAAUACCACUAGGUUUUCCGAUACUGAAAAACACAGAGGUACUGUUGUUCAGUGAGGCAUACACACAAGCACUAUUGAGCCACGUCGUUCAGCAAUUCAAAUCUAAGAAAUUAAAUUCAAUAAAAAUGUUCAAGAUUGCCAAUUUAAACACCAUUUAACCACAAAAUUUAACUCAGUUUUAUUGUAUUUUCUUUUCUUUUUUGUUUUAAUGCAGUUUUAAGCAUCAAUUUCAAAGAGUUGGAAAGAGUUGGUACAAUUAAGUGGGUUUUUUAGUCCAAACAUUAAAAACUAUAUAUAAAGAAAAACUAUCCCAACAAGUUUACACCUAGACAGAGUCAAAGUUAAGCUAGAACAUGUUGUUUGAUUCACAGUCGUUUGGGAAUUACUCACCAUGAGGAGGCGCAA